GAUCUCAUUGGAGCCUUUGGACGGCCCAGCCCAUGGCCAUCGAUGCCCCCAUUUCACGCCUGAGGAAGCGGAGGCUCAGACGGGCCACCAGCCCCUCCGGAGGCUGGCCCGGGAGCGCCUGACAGCGUCGGGUCUAGGAGCCGGCUCCCUCCUGCUCCCUCCUCCGCGCCGCCCGGGGUGUGCCCGCCGUCUGUGUGCACCACUGCUGAGCCCAGCUCCGGCGCCCUCGCCUCUGCUGUGCGCCCCGGGGACGUGGGGUCAGGCCUCCGCGUUGGCCAAGCCGCCGCAGGUAGGCACGGCCCCCGCCAGGCGCCAUGGACUGGAAGACACUCCAGGCCCUACUGAGCGGUGUGAACAAGUACUCCACAGCGUUCGGGCGCAUUUGGCUGUCAGUGGUGUUCGUCUUCCGGGUGCUGGUGUACGUGGUGGCUGCAGAGCGCGUGUGGGGGGAUGAGCAGAAGGACUUUGACUGCAACACCAAGCAGCCCGGCUGCACCAACGUCUGCUACGACAACUACUUCCCCAUCUCCAACAUCCGCCUCUGGGCCCUGCAGCUCAUCUUCGUCACAUGCCCCUCGCUGCUGGUCAUCCUGCAUGUGGCCUACCGCGAGGAGCGGGAGCGCCGGCACCGCCAGAAGCACGGGGACCAGUGCGCCAAGCUAUAUGACAACGCAGGCAAGAAGCACGGAGGCCUGUGGUGGACCUACCUGUUCAGCCUCAUCUUCAAGCUCAUCAUUGAGCUCCUCUUCCUCUACCUGCUGCACACUCUCUGGCAUGGCUUCAACAUGCCACGUCUGGUGCAGUGCGCCAACGUGGCCCCCUGCCCCAACAUCGUGGACUGCUACAUCGCCCGACCCACCGAGAAGAAAAUCUUCACCUACUUCAUGGUGGGCGCCUCCGCCGUCUGCAUCGUACUCACCAUCUGCGAGCUCUGCUACCUCAUCUGCCACAGGGUCCUGCGAGGCCUGCACAAGGACAAGCCUCGAGGGGGCCGCAGCCCCUCGUCCUCCGCCAGCCGAGCUUCCACCUGCCGCUGCCACCACAAGCUGGUGGAGGCUGGGGAGCUGGAUCCAGACCCAGGCAGUAACAAGCUGCAGGCUUCAGCACCCAACCUGACCCCCAUCUGA